AUGGCUCAACCACAUAGGGACGUUUAUCAAAGUUUUUAUGUAAAGAAUUCUUAUUCACCGAAUAAUCCUAACCAACAACAACAGCCACAACAACAACAGCAGCAAUCUCAACAACAACAGCCUAAUAGAAUGAACUUUAAUCAACAAAACUUUUCACCUGUUGAUCCUAAUUUUUUCUAUCAACAGCAGUUUCAACAGACUCAACAACAGCCACAAGCACAAGCUCAGCAGCAGCCUUCUCCUCAAAUGAUUCAACAGCAGCAAUUGAAUUAUUUGAGGGCUCAACAACAGCAAAUGAACUUUGGUGCUUUAGGUGGGUUUAAUGGAGGUUUUCAACAACCACAACAGCAGCAACAACCACAACCACAACAAAGGCCUCCUCCUCCUGCUCCUCAGCAAAACGUAUCGCCUAUGCUCAUGAAUUCUGCUUCACCCUUGAUGAACAGACCUCCUUCAGUGCAACAACCAUCUGCUGGUAAUAUGAUGUACGCUAAUCCAAUGAUGAACCAUUUACAACAACAACAACAACAACAACAACAACAACAGCCUACACAACAACCAGCCAUGAGACCUAAUAUGCACUUUAUGAACUCAUUCUCAAUGCAACAACAGCAGCAACAGCAACAGCAACAGAGACCACCUAGUGGUUUCCCAUUACCACAGCAGCUCCAACAAAUGUCCCCACAAGCCUUACAAGCACUUCAACAGCAACAGCAGCAAUUGCAACGGCAACAGCAGCUGCAGCGUCAACAGCAAAUGAUGAUGCAACAACAAGGCUUUGAUCCUCGUUUCCAUCCAAUGCAAGCCCACCAGCAAAUGAUGAUGCAACAGCCCAUGCACAGCCAAAUUCAGUUCCAACAGCAUCAUCAAUUCCAGCAGUACCAAUUGCAUCAACAACAGCAGCAGCAAAGGGCUUUGGCUGAACGUCCCAAGAGACCUGCACGAAAUGCUACUAAAAAGAAGCGUGUUUAUGACGUGUCUUCUGAAGAAGAAGAGGAAUUUGACCUUGAGUCUGAAGAAUCUGAAGCUCCACCUGAUAGCGAGUUUGAGGACAGUGACAGUGAAUCAAGACCUUACAAGAGGAAGAAGCAAACUGCUGCUUCCGCAGAGUCUGAGGAACCCGUCAUGAUUCCAAUGGGUACAAAAGUAUUUGAACGUAUUUUGGAUUAUAAAAAGAACGAUGAAACAGACGAGGAAGAAUUGCUCAUCAAAUACAAAAACACCAGUUUCCUUCAUGUCGAAUGGGUUCCUCUUGAACAAAUCGAAGCAGAACAUUUAGGUAAACAUCGCGUAAAGAAGUUUAUGCAGAAAUAUUAUCAAGACGGUAAUCGUGGUGAAGACUUCAAGGAACACUUGAAGAUUGAUCGCGUCAUUGAUGAUGGUGAAUUGGAAGAUCCUACUACAGGUGAAAGCAAAAUCUACUAUCUUGUCAAAUGGAAUGGUUUAUUUUACGAUAAUGCUACAUGGGAAACAGAAGAAGAUGUACGUAAAGUAGAUUCCAUCAAGUUGGACGACUUUUUGGCUCGAAAGCAAAUCCCCCCUGAAAAAAUGGCUCCUCCUCCACUUCGUCCUGACCCUACCCGUUUCAUUGAAUAUGCAGACUCGCCACCUUACAAGUACAACAAUUCUUUACGUCCUUACCAAUUAGAAGGUCUCAAUUGGCUGAGAUUCUGUUAUUAUACAUUCAGAUCAUGUAUCUUGGCUGAUGAAAUGGGCCUUGGUAAAACUGUGCAAUCUGUAGCCUUUUUGAAUGAUAUCUACACUACCAUUCGUAUCCGAGGUCCCUUCUUGAUCAUUGCUCCCUUGUCCACUAUUCCUCAUUGGACCCGUGCCUUUAACGCCUGGACUGAUCUCAAUGUCAUUGAUUAUCGUGGCAGUACUUUAGCUCGUAAUCUCAUCGUUGAGACUGAAUUCUACUAUCAAGAUGCUGAAGGAAAGCCCAUUCCAAACAAUUACAAGUUUGAUGUGCUCAUCACAACCUAUGAAAUGGCUUCUGCUGGUGCCAUGGUACUCAAGGACAUUCCCUGGCGCUGUGGUGUCUUUGACGAAGCACAUCGUCUCAAGAACAAGAACUCAAAAGUAUUGGAAAUCCUGAAGACAUUCUACAUGGAUCACAAGUUGCUCUUGACUGGUACACCCUUACAAAACAAUUUGGGUGAGCUCUAUAGUCUGUUGAAUUUCAUGCAACCUGAUGUCUUUAACGAUGAAUCCCGAUUCUUUGCUGAAUAUGGUUCCUUGAACUCUGCUCAUGAAGUAGAACGGCUCCAAUACCUGCUUAAACCCAUCAUGUUGCGACGUUUCAAGGAAGAUGUCGAAAAGACCAUCCCUGUCAAGGAAGAAACUGUGAUUGAAGUAGAAUUAACCAACCCUCAAAAGAAAUGGUAUCGUGCUAUUCUCGAAAAGAACUUUAGCUUCUUGAAAAAGGGAGCCAAAUCCAAUAAGGAAAUGCCUCAUCUUCGUAACAUCAUGGUCCAACUUCGUAAAUGCUGUAUCCAUCCUUACCUUCUGGAAGGCGCUGAGGAUGUCAUUAUCAAUGAAUGUAAUGCACGCAGCCACCAAGAACAAUUCAACUGCCUUGUCCAAUCUUCUGGUAAAUUGGUGCUUAUCGACAAGCUUUUAAAGAAGCUGAUUCAAGGCAAUCACAAGGUGUUGAUCUUUUCUCAAUUCACAAGUUGCCUGGACAUUUUGGCUGAUUAUCUUCGUGGAAGAAGUUAUGCUUAUGAACGUAUUGACGGUAGUAUUCCAGGUGAUCAACGUCAAGCUGCCAUUGAUCGUUUCUCUACUUUACCUAUUGAAGAAUCGUUUGUCUUUUUGUUGUGUACAAGAGCAGGUGGUGUUGGUAUCAACUUGACUGCGGCCGAUACUUGUAUUAUUUUCGAUAGUGAUUGGAAUCCACAAAACGAUCUUCAAGCUCAAGCUAGAUGCCAUCGUAUUGGUCAGACAAAGCCUGUCCAAAUCUAUCGUUUGAUUUGUGCCAACACCUAUGAAAAAGACAUGUUUGAUCGUGCUGGUAUGAAGCUCGGCCUGGAUAAGGCUGUAAUGGGCACCCAUGAUGACGGUAGUGCCAACAAGACAGCUGAACUUAACCGUAAAGAAAUCGAAGAUUUGUUAAAGAAGGGUGCUUAUGGUGCCAUGCUGGACGAGGAAGCCAGUGCCAAGUUUUGUGAAGAAGAUAUUGAUCAAAUUCUGGAACGCCGUACGACUGUCAUUCGUCAUGAAGGUAACGAAAAAGGUUCCGUCUUUUCCAAAGCUACUUUCUCGGCUGCAGAUGAAGACAAUGCAGGCGUUGAUCUUGAUGAUCCCGAUUUUUGGGAAAAGUGGGCCGCUAAAGCACAGAUUGAUACAAAAGAUCAUCCUGAUGAAAACACAUUGAUUGUGUCCAUGCCUCGUCGACGUCGUCAGGUACAACGUUUUGGCUCUCGCACAUUGGAUGGUUCUUACUCGUCUAAUGAAAACGGCGACGAUUCGGAUGCUGCUUAUGAGGAAGAGUUGGAUACUAGAUCACGUCGUGGUGGUCGUGGAGAUCAAGCUCGUCCUUGGACACUUUCAGAAAAGACCAAGUAUGAGCGUAAAUUGAUGAUUUAUGGUUAUGGUUCUUGGGAUUUGAUGACUGCACAUUUUCCUCGUCGUUCUGCAAAAGAUUUGAAGGCUGUCACAAGAGCUUUGAUGCGUAAAGUAUUGCCUACUAUUAAGAAUGUCAAAAAAACAACAGAAGAAGACCGCAAAUUGAUUGAGGAUAUUGAGAAUAUCUUGAUUAAUGAUGCUCGUGAUGAAGUCAAGAAAAACGACUCUAUUCCUUAUGUGGGUGCUACCAAGAAGCAAAUUAUUGAAUUCAAAUCUUUCUUGAAUCAAGCUUCUGAAGAUUAUAUUGACCAUAUUGAAAGAAAAGGUCGUAACUUUUUGCUUCGUAUUCAAAUGCUUCAUUUGAUUCGUGACAAGAUUGUUCCUACUGAUUGGGAAGAAGCAAAAGCCCUGGAGAUUCCUAAAGUAACUGGGUCACCUCCUGCUCCAUGGUGGGGUGAGAAUGAAGACCGUUGUCUUUUGCUUGGUAUUUGCAAGCAUGGCUAUCAACAAUACCUCGCUAUGCGCAAUGAUUCUGAAUUCUGCUUUUACGGAAGAAAAUAUGACGAUAGUCAAUCAGGUGGUCUAGAAGACGAUGACACGCCUUCCAAUGAUAAGUUAGAUGAUGCCGACAGCAGCAGACAAGCCUCAGUUGAGCCCCCCAAUAAGUCUACUACAAAGAAAGUGUAUGGUAAAAAAGACGAUGAUAGUGACUAUGAUGACAAAAAGGACGGACUUUCCUCUGAAGAUGAAGACGACGAAUACGGAGAAAAGAAAAAAGUUUAUGUCUGGCCAUCCAAAGCCGACAUUGGUAUGCGUUUGCGCCGUAUCAUUGCUGCUUUCUUGAGAGAAAAGGCUAGCAACACUCGUAGACGCAAGUUGCAAGAAAAAGUACAAAAGAAAGAGACCGACCGUCAAACUCGUCAACGUCAAAAGGAAUCUCGCACUGGAACCAAGUCUAGAUCCAGACAAGCAGAUACGUCCAGUCGAUGGACCAAGAAGAACAAAAGCGAUUUCCUCAAGACACUCAUGUCAUUUGGUGUUGAGCGUGAAGAAGAUGACUUUAGAUGGGAUCGUUUCAAGGAAAUUGCCAGUCUUGAAAAGAAAUCAGAUGAAUCACUUACACUUCAUUAUAAAGAAGUGUUUGCUGCUUGUGAAGAAUCUGUCAAGCGUCAUGCUGCUGAAAACGAUAGUAAUGCCAACUCUGCUACGCCUACUGCUGUUGAUGCUACUGUUGAAUUAGCUGGUAUUACUGGAGGAAGUGCCGAUGUAGACACACCUGUUUCUUCACCCAAGGAUGUCUUGGAAGCUGCUAGUCGUGAAUCAAGUGUUGAACCUAACGAUGCAAACGAAAAUGGAGAUGUUGUACCUUAUGACAAGGCUAGACGUUCUUUAAAGCGCAUUGACCAAAUGAACACCAUUCGUGAAAAAGUACUUACACAUCCCGAACUUGAUUUGAUUUUGACCAAAGCUAGAAAAACAUCUGGUUUGCCUAGUUGGUGGGAAGUUCCUAAACAUGACAAAGCAUUGUUGGAAGGUAUCUGCAAGCACGGCGUGGGUCGACACGACUUGAUUAUAGAAGAUCCUGAACUACCAUUCUAUCAUGUCAAGCAGUCGUUUAUCCAAGGUACGGAAGAAGCUCAAUCCCUUGAAGAAGAGGCCGAUUCAAGCAAAUUUGUAUGGCCCAGAGAUCUUGUGAUUGCUCGUCGUAUUGAUUCCCUCUGUGAUUUGGUGUUGAAUCCCAAGCCUUUCACUAUCCGUCAAACAAGAAAGCGCAAGACAGGCACUGAUACUGUUGAAGGAAGUCCUAUCAAGAAAGUUUUCAGAGAAGGGGAUGGUAACCUAAGCGAAGAAUAUGAAUAUGAAGGCGAUGCUGAUGAAGAAGACGAGGAAGGAAAUGUUCUAUCUAAUGCUGCAGAUGACAUUCCUGAACGUGAAGAGUAUUAUCAGCAAGCCCAAUUCACUUCUCCAAGUGCUGCCAUGAUGAAUGAUGUAGUGCACCAAAACGAAGGUUAUAUGCCUUCUCAAGCUGUACCAUGGGAUCAACCCUACGGCCAGCCCUAUGGGCAACCAGCACAGCCUUAUGGACAACCCAUAGCUCAACGUAUGGGACAACCUAUAGGUCAACAUAUAGAAGUGGAGCAAAACAUGUAUUCUGAAGGAGGUGAUGCUGUGAUAAGAUCAGAACAAUAA